GACCCAGCUGAGGAUCGUGUCUGAAGUCAGAAGCUGGAACAAUGAUCUCACGGUACAAACCGAGCCCCAGCUCCACCAUGUCCUUGGCUUUCUGUGGGAGCGAGAACAACUCGUCGGCCUACAACGUGGACAAGGGCGUUCUGAACAACGGCUGCUUCCUGGAUGCGCUCAACGUGGUCCCACAUGUCUUUCUCCUCUUCAUCACCUUUCCCAUCCUCUUCAUUGGCUGGGGCAGCCAGAGUUCAAAGGUUCACAUCCAUCACAGCACCUGGCUUCACUUCCCUGGACACAACCUUCGCUGGCUGCUCACCUUCGUGCUGCUCUUCAUCCUCGUCUGUGAGAUCGCAGAGGGCAUCGUCUCAGAUGGGUUUACACAAUCCCUCCAUCUUCAUCUGUACAUGCCUGCAGCUCUGGCUUUCAUGGCUGGCAUCACCUCUAUCGUCUACUAUCAUAACAUCGAGACCUCCAACUUUCCCAAACUGUUGUUAGCCCUGCUCAUCUACUGGGUGCUCGCCUUCACCACGAAGACCAUCAAGUUUGCCAAGUACACAGAGCAUGGCAUCGGCCCCGGGCAGCUUCGCUUCUGCAUCACAGGACUGCUGGUGCUGCUGUACGGACUCCUACUAGCCGUGGAGAUCAAUGUCAUCCUGGGCAGGCGCUACAUGUGUUUCGCCAAUCCGACAGAAGUGAAGCCCCCCGAAGACCUCCAGGACCUCGGCGUUCGUUUCCUGCAGCCCUUCGUCAACUUGUUGUCCAAAGCCACCUACUGGUGGAUGAACACCUUCAUCACCUCGGCGCACCGGCGGCCCAUCGACCUGAAGGUCAUCGGCAAGCUGCCCAUCGCCAUGAGAGCGCUCACCAACUACAUCAAGCUCCGCCAGGAGUUUGAGGAGCAGAAGAAACCACAGGGCACUGCACCACAAGGGCCAAAAUGGAUCUGGCAGGCUUUAAGGAAAGCUUUCGGCAGGCCUCUCAUCCUCAGCAUCACGUUCCGCUUCAUGGCCGACCUGCUGGGCUUUGCUGGACCUCUCUGCAUCUCUGGCAUCGUUCACCACAUCAGCAAAGACAAUCGCACCAUUCAGCAACCGAUGAAGCUGCUCGGCAUCUAUUUUAUUUCCUCCAAAGAAUUCCUGGAGAAUGCGUACGUUCUGGCCGUGCUGCUCUUCAUUGCUCUGCUCCUGCAGAGGACCUUCCUGCAGGCCUCAUACUAUGUGGCAAUUGAAACUGGAAUCAACCUGCGAGGGGCCAUACAGACCAAAAUCUACAACAAAAUCAUGCGCCUGUGCACGUCCAACAUGUCCAUGGGAGAGCUGACGGUCGGUCAGAUUUGUAACCUGGUUGCCAUAGAUACCAACCAGCUAAUGUGGUUCUUCUUCCUCUGUCCUAACCUGUGGGCGAUGCCGGUGCAAAUAAUCCUGGGGGUGAUCCUCCUCUACUACCUCCUAGGAAUCAGUGCCUUGAUUGGAGCAACCAUCAUUGCUGUGCUAGCUCCCAUACAAUACUUUGUGGCCACAAAGUUGUCACAAACACAAAAGAGCACUCUGGAAUAUUCCAGUGAGCGCCUGAAGAAGACCAAUGAGCUGCUGAGGGGCAUCAAGCUGCUGAAGCUGUACGCCUGGGAGCACAUCUUCCGGGACAGCGUGGAGGAGACCAGGGGCAAAGAGCUCACCAGCCUGCAGGCCUUCGCUCUUUACACAUCCAUAUCCAUUUUCAUGAAUGCAGCUAUUCCGAUUGCAGCUGUGCUGACGACAUUUGUGGUCCACGUCCACUUCUCAGAGGAUGCUGAUCUGUCGCCAGCUGUGGCUUUUGCCUCCCUGUCCCUCUUCCACAUCCUGGUCACCCCCCUCUUCCUCCUCUCCAGUGUUGUGCGAUCCACUGUCAAGGCGCUUGUAAGUGUUCAGAAGCUCAGUGAGUUUUUCUCAAGUGAUGAGAUCGGAGAUGAGCAGGAGCCCAGAGCGAUGCUACCCUCCAGCUGCGGCAAUCACAACCAAAACAGAUACCAGGCUGUGCCCCUGAAGGUGGUGAACCGGAAGCGCCCACCGAGGGACGAGUGGAACAACUACAGCUCACAGAGGGACCAGGAGAGCGACGGACCCUCUCAGGAGGUGGAGCAAGACAUUUGUAUCAAGAUAAUAAAUGGUUAUUUCACCUGGACAGACGGACCGCCAACACUUUCCAACGUGGAUAUCAAGAUUCCCUUUGGAAAGCUGACGAUGAUUGUGGGCCAGGUGGGCUGUGGGAAGUCGUCCCUGCUUCUGGCUGCGCUCGGAGAGAUGCAGAGAGUGUCUGGAACAGUCAUCUGGAAUAGCCUGCCGGACCUUGAAUCUGAGCGAGAUGAAAGUCCCAGUCCCACGGACAGAGAUGUAGCAGGUGACAGAGAUGUCAGGAGGAGAGGUCCCGUGGCCUACGCAUCCCAGAAGCCCUGGCUGCUGAACGCCUCUGUGGUGGAGAACAUCACCUUCGAGAUGCCCAUGAUCAAAUCAAGAUAUAAGGCAGUCAUCGAGGCCUGCUCCCUUCAACCUGACAUCGACAUCCUUCCUCAGGGGGACCAGACAGAGAUCGGGGAGCGGGGAAUCAUCUUAUCAGGGGGGCAGAAACAACGAAUCAGUGUGGCCAGAGCUCUGUACCAGCAGACCCACGUGGUGUUUCUGGACGACCCAUUUUCUGCCUUAGACAUCCACCUGAGUGAUCAUCUGAUGCAGGACGGCAUCCUGAAGAUGCUGAGAGAAGAAAAAAGGACGGUCGUGUUGGUCACUCACAAACUACAGUAUCUACCACAUGCAGACUGGAUUAUUGCCAUGAAAGAUGGCACGAUCCAGACUGAAGGGACUCUGAAGGACAUCCAGAACUCUGAAGCCCAACUCUUUGAGCACUGGAAAACCCUGAUGCACCGACAGGACCGCAAGUUUGAGACGGAGACGGUGGCAGCCAGUAUGACGGACAUGGAGAGGAAAAACCUUCGAAGGGCUAUGUACUCCAGAGAUGCGGUGAAGACAGAAGAUGACGACGAAGAGGAGUCUGUGGAUAGUGACGAUGAGGACAACCUGUCUCAGGUGAUGCGUCAGCGAGCCACCAUCCCCUGGCGUUCCUGUGGUACCUACCUGUCCUCCGCCGGCGUCCUCCUGCUCAGCCUGCUCCUCCUCUCACAGCUCCUCAAACACUCCCUCAUGGUCGCUAUCGACUACUGGCUGGCACACUGGACGUCGCACGUCAUCGCUGCCAAGAUAGAAGCCCAUGCUCACAACUGUACCAUCGUACAGGACUGUGGCUUCAGCCACUCGUGGUAUCUGUCCGUGUUCAGCAUCCUGUGCUGCCUGGGCAUCGUCCUGUGCCUCGCCACCUCUGUGACCGUGGAAUGGACGGGCCUGAAAGUGGCUAAAGAACUUCACCACAACCUGCUCAACAAGAUCAUACUGGCCCCCAUGAGGCUGUUUGAGACGACUCCCCUCGGCAGCAUCCUCAACAGGUUUUCCACGGACACGAACACGAUCGACCAGCACAUCCCCACCACCCUGGAGUGCCUCUCCCGCUCCACCCUGCUGUGUCUGUGCGCCCUGGGUGUCAUCUCCUACGUGACGCCCGUGUUCCUCAUUGCCCUCCUGCCGCUCGCUGUCGCCUGCUACUUCAUACAGAAAUACUUCAGGAUGGCUUCCAGGGACCUGCAGCAGCUGGAGGACAGCACUCAGCUCCCUCUGCUCUCCCACUUCUCUGAGACGGUGGAAGGUCUCAUCACCAUACGAGCCCUCAGGUAUGAGCCCCGGUUCAGACAGAGGUUGCUGCAGUUCACCGACGCCAACAACAUCGCCUCGCUCUUCCUCACCGCCGCCAACCGUUGGCUGGAGGUCCGCAUGGAGUACAUCGGAGCCUGUGUGGUGCUGGUGGCAGCUGUGGCCUCCAUCACCAACUCUCUGUACAACCAGCUGUCCCCCGGUCUGGUGGGACUGGGACUCACCUACGCCCUCAUGUGUGUGUGUGUGUGUGUGUGUGUAUGUAGGUUCAAUUUGGAUCCAGAGAUGAAAGCGACGGAUGAGAUGUUGUGGGAAGCACUGGAGAUCGCUCAGCUGAAGCCUGUUGUCAAAACCCUUCCAGGAGGUCUGGACGCCAUGGUGACAGAGGGAGGUGAAAACUUCAGUCAGGGUCAGAGGCAGCUGUUCUGUCUGGCCAGAGCCUUCGUGAGGAAGAGCAGCAUCCUCAUCAUGGACGAGGCCACCGCCUCCAUAGACAUGGCCACGGAGAGCAUCCUGCAGAAAGUGGUGAUGACUGCGUUUGCUGACCGGACAGUAGUGACCAUCGCACAUCGUGUCCACACCAUCCUGAACGCCGACCUGGUGAUUGUGAUGAAGCGGGGGAUCAUCCUGGAGUACGACACCCCCCAGGCCUUGCUGGACAGGGAGGACAGCGUCUUCUCCUCCUUCGUGCGAGCAGACAAGUAAGAAGCACAAGAA